AUGCUUCGUAACGCCGCUGCCGGCGCUCGAAAGGCCGUCACGGAGCUUUCACAAUUUCCUAAGCCCGGCGAGAAGCUUCACGGCUUCACCCUUGUCCGGUCCAAGCAUGUUCCUGAGCUUGAGUUGACGGCUCUUCACCUUCAGCAUGACAAGACAGGAGCCGAUUAUCUGCACAUUGCCCGCGACGACAGUAACAAUGUCUUUUCCAUCGGUUUCAAGACGAACCCUCCGGAUGAUACCGGUAUUCCUCACAUUCUAGAGCAUACGACACUAUGCGGUAGUGAAAAAUAUCCCAUUCGUGACCCUUUCUUCAAGAUGCUUCCCCGAACACUAUCGAACUUUAUGAACGCGUUCACGGCAUCAGACCAUACUUUCUACCCCUUUGCGACAACCAACGCGCAGGACUUCAAGAACCUCAUGUCUGUGUACCUCGACUCAACAUUGCACCCACUGCUCAAGAAGUCCGACUUUACCCAGGAGGGUUGGCGAAUUGGUCCCGAGAACCCACUUGCUGAGGACGAGGCGAGCAAGAAGUUGGUAUUCAAGGGCGUGGUUUACAACGAGAUGAAGGGCCAGAUGUCAGAUGCUGGGUAUUUAUACUACAUUCGCUUCCACGACCAUAUCUUCCCCGAUAUCAACAACUCGGGUGGCGACCCCCAGAAGAUCACAGAUUUGACAUACGAGCAACUGCGAAAGUUCCACGCCGAGCACUACCACCCGAGCAAUGCCAAGGUCUUCACUUACGGUGAUAUGCCCUUGGUUGACCACUUGCAGCAAGUCGAUGCUCAACUCCAGGCUUUUGAGAAGAUACAGGGUGACAGGCAAAUUCACGAACCCGUAACACUGACCGGCCCCAAGGAAGUUACUCUGUACGGCCCACUUGAUCCUCUUGUCGACCCUGAUCGUCAGUACAAGACCUCUGUGUCAUGGAUCAUGGGUGACACCACAGAUGUGUUGGAGUCUUUUUCUCUGGCACUUCUAUCAACCCUCUUGAUGGAUGGUUAUGGUUCUCCUCUGUACCGAGGUCUUGUUGAGGCUGGCAUGGGUGCUGAUUGGAGCCCCAACGCUGGAUAUGAUAGCUCUGCUAAGAAGGGAAUUUUCUCUAUCGGUCUCACUGGUGUUCAGGAGGCUGAUGUUCCUAAGCUCAAGGAGAAGGUUCAGCAGAUCUUGAGGGAAGUCCGAGAGAAAGGCUUCGACAAGACCAAGAUCGAUGGAUCUCUCCAUCAGCUCGAGUUAUCGCUCAAGCAUAAGACUGCCAACUUUGGGUUUUCCAUGCUGAACCGUCUCAAGCCCAAGUGGUUCAACGGUGUGGACCCCUUUGAUUCAUUGGCUUGGAACGAUACCAUCAAUGGUUUCCAAGCUAAGAUGGCUGAGGGCAACUACCUAGAAGGUCUCAUUGACAAGUAUCUACUGAACGACAAUACUUUGACAUUCACAAUGGCCCCUUCAAGCACCUACGGAGAAGAUCUUGUCAAGGAGGAACAGGAGCGACUUUCUACCAGAAUCCAAGCAGCUAUCAAGGAGGCUGGCAGCGAAGAGAACGCCCGGAAGCAUUUCGAGAAGCAAGAGCAGGAGUUGCUGGUUGAACAAAACAAGACUAACACUGAGGACCUCGGCUGUCUGCCCACUGUUCACGUCAAGGAUAUCCCCCGAAGCAAGGAGCCUGUGGUUGUGCGAGACGAGAAUGCCAACGGCACCAAGAUCCAGUGGCACGAGGCUCCUACGAACGGCUUGACAUACUUCCGUGCCAUCAACACGUUGGAGAACUUGCCUGAUGAGCUUCGCGAGCUGGUCCCUCUGUUUACCGACAGCAUCAUGCGUCUUGGUACUAAGGACCUGAACAUGGAGCAGCUUGAAGACUUGAUCAAGCUCAAGACUGGUGGUGUUUCAGUUGGGUACCACUGCACCCCGUCUCCCACCGAUUUCCACGCUGCUAGUGAAGGCCUCAUCUUCACCGGUAUGGCCCUGGAUCGCAAUGUUCCCGUCAUGUUCGAUAUCAUCCAAAAGCUCGUUUUGGGAACUGAUUUCGACAGCCCAGAGGCAGCUCUCAGGAUUCGACAGCUGCUGCAGGCAUCUGCUGACGGUGUUGUGAACGAUAUUGCAUCCACUGGCCAUCGGUUCGCGAUGGGUAGUGCUGAAUCUGGUCUCACCCGCUCCUCGUGGCUUCGACAACAAGUUUCCGGCCUUUCUCAGGUGCAGCUGGUGACUUCAUUGGCUAGCCGACCCGAGACAGACAAGCUUGAAGAUGUUAUUUCCAAGUUGAAGCAGAUUCAGAGCAUUGCACUAGCGGGAGGAAACCUACGCACAGCAAUUACCUGCGGCCCAGAGAGUGUUGCAGAGAACAGUGCUUCUCUGCAAAAGUUCGUGGGUAACCUCUCCCGCGAUCCUCUGGACCUGAAGAAUCUGUCUCCUCGUCAACUUCCUAAGGAUAGCAAGACGUUCUAUCCUCUGCCUUACCAAGUUUAUUAUGGUGGAUUGUCAGUACCAACCACGUCAUACACGGCAGCGGAGGGUGCACCUCUCCAGAUCCUGUCACAGCUCCUUACACAUAAACACCUGCAUCACGAGAUCCGUGAGAAGGGUGGCGCAUAUGGUGGAGGUGCUUACUCCCGCGCUCUCGAUGGCCUCUUUGGCUUCUACUCUUACCGUGACCCCAACCCUCAAAACACUCUGAGCAUCAUGCGCGGUGCUGGGCAAUGGGCUGUCGAUAAGAAGUGGUCAGACCGUGACCUUGAGGAGGCCAAGAUCUCUGUAUUCCAGGGAGUUGAUGCCCCCAAAUCUGUGAACCAGGAGGGCAUGGGCCGAUUCCUCUCAGGUAUCACUGAGAAGAUGAAGCAAAAGAAGCGUGAGCAGCUUCUUGACGUAACCGAGGACCAAGUGCGCGAGGUGGCGCAGCGCUACCUCGUUGACGGACUUGCCAAGGGCGAAGCCAGAGUCGCUUUCCUUGGAGAGAAGCAGUCCUGGGUCGACGGCGAAUGGAAGAUCCGCGAAAUGGAUGUCAAGGGCGCCGAGCAAGGCUAA